AUGAGUGUAGCAGUUCUUGAUAGCAAAACAGUGACGAGAUUCGUGGAAGCAAAAGAAGCAUUCAAGAAAUGCGUGGAAAAGUACUUCAAAAUGGUGGAUUCCAACGGGAACGGAGUGAUUUGUCGGAGGAAACUUAGAGAAGGGCUGGAUUUGCUUUUCACGGUGGAACAUGAAUCCACGGUGUCCAAAGAAGAUAUUGACAAUUUUCACAGCAUGAUAUUCGAUAAGUUCGAUGAGGAUCGCAAUGGGAAGCUGGAUCUCUAUGAGUUCGCGGCGCUGGUGAAGGAGAUCAUGAUGGCCAUGGCUCGUGGGAUGGGCAGUUUGCCCGUCAUCGUGGCUCUCGAUCAAGAUAGCUUGCUCAUGAUGGCGGUUCAACAUGAAAUUGGCUCCUAA